GUUCCGUACGAAAUCUCCCGCCACCCGGGAGAAGCGGCUGUCAGCGUUUGCGCUUUUCGCGCGUUUGGCUGCUUGCAAGUAACCAAGAUGCAGUUUUCUGGAGGAAAGAGGAGAAAGCUGAGAUUGGCAGGUGACCAGAAAAAUACUUCCUACCCUCAUUGCCUUCAGUUUUACUUGGAACCACCUUCUGAAAACAUAUCUUUGACAGAGUUUGAAAACUUCGCUAUUGAUAGACUUAAAUUGCUAAAAUCAGUCGAACAUCUUGGUGUGAGCUAUGUGAAAGGAACUGAGCAAUACCAGAGUAAGUUAGAAGCUGAGCUUCGAAAGCUCAAGUUUUCCUACAGAGAAAACUUAGAAGAUGAAUAUGAACCACGAAGAAAAGAUCAUAUUUCUCAUUUUAUUGUGCGCCUUGCUUAUUGCCAAUCUGAAGAUCUCAGACGCUGGUUCAUUCAACAAGAAAUGGAUCUCCUUAGAUUUCGAUUCAGUAUUUUACCUAAGGACAAAAUUCAAGAUUUCCUAAAGGAUAGUCAUUUGGAGUUUGAGGCUCUAAGUGACGAUGAGAAGAGUCUCCGAGAGAAGGAGAUUAUUGCCUCAUCACCAAGUUUAACUGGGGCUGUCUUUGAGUUGGAGUCAGUUUAUAAGGUUCCUUUUCCUGAUGCUCUGGAUUUGUUCCGAGGAAGGAAAGUCUAUUUGGAAGAUGGCUUUGCUUACGUACCACUGAAGGAUAUUGUGGCAAUCAUCCUGAAUGAAUUCAGAGCCAAACUGUCCAAAGCUUUGGCAUUAACAGCCAGGUCCCUGCCGACUGUGCAGUCUGAUGAAAGACUUCAGCCUCUGCUCAGCCACCUCAGUCAUUCCUAUACUGGCCAAGAUUACAGUAUACAGAGAAGUGUUGGAAAGAUUUCUUUGGAUCAGAUUGAUUCGCUUUCUACCAAAUCCUUUCCACCUUGCAUGCGUCAGCUACAUAAAGCCUUGCGGGAAAAUCACCAUCUUCGUCAUGGAGGCCGAAUGCAGUAUGGCCUUUUCCUGAAGGGCAUUGGUUUGACAUUGGAACAGGCCUUGCAGUUCUGGAAGCAAGAAUUUAUCAGAGGAAAGAUGGAUCCAGACAAGUUUGAUAAAGGUUACUCUUACAACAUCCGUCAUAGCUUUGGAAAGGAAGGCAAGAGGACAGACUAUACACCUUUUAGUUGCAUGAAGAUUAUUCUAACCAAUCCACCAGGACAAGGGGAUUAUCAUGGGUGCCCAUUCCGUCACAGCGACCCAGAGCUGCUGAAGCAGAAGUUGCAGUCAUACAAGGUCUCUCCCGAGAGGAUAAGCCAGAUUUUGGAUUUAGUAAAGGGUUCACAUUACCAGGUAGCCUGUCAGAAAUACUUCGAGAUGACACAUAACGUGGAUGAUUGUGGCUUUUCUUUGAAUCAUCCUAAUCAGUUCUUUUGUGAGAGUCAACGUAUUCUAAAUGGAGGCAAAGACAUCAAGAAGGAAGCUGCCCAACCGGAAACUCUUCAGCAAAAGCCAAGCAUCCAGAAAGCCAAGGAUGCAUCGUCUGCUCUGGCCUCUUUAAAUUCCUCCCUGGAAAUGGAUGUGGAUGUGGAUAUGGAGGGACUGGAAGAUUACUUUAGUGAAUGAUUCUUGGGCAGUUUAGGAACCCCUUUCCUCUGUAGCUUUCAUUUCUUCUUUCUAACGUUCUGCCUUGUUCUCUUUUAACUUUAUUUUUUCCCUUCAUCCCACCCCAGUCCGUUGACACGUGUACACACUCAUUAAGAAGGCAGGUAAAAAACACAGACCCCUACUAUGUUUUGCUUAGACAAAAGGGAAGAAGAAGAGUUUCUGUGAAAAUCUAUCACUUGGGGAGUAUCAUUUAAAUUCUGUUCUAGGAGAUAAAAACAUCUUUCUGGACUGAUUAAAGUCCACAAAUACAGCUAAAAACAACUUUUAAUUUAAACCUUAUCACUUUUCCAGUUUGACACAAUCAUUUGACCUUUUUUGUUAAUAAAUAUGAAAACGUACAUCACUGUGU